ACUUGAGUUCACAUGGUGGUGGGUUGUUGUAGAAGAAAAGAGGUGAUGACCCAAACACUUAAAAAAUUCACACGACACAAACACAAUCCUCGGACCCACUUCCAUGGCUACUGUUCCUUCUCUUUGCACCGUCUUUCCCAUACUCACACCAAUCUUGUCGAAGUCCCAUUUCGUUCCCCUCUCUUCCCGAACCCCAAAACGAAGUCGUAUCAUCAGCUGUGUAGCUGAGGACCGUGAAAUAGUUCCGGUGUCUGAAGACAGAGGAGCCCGUUUCCAUGAAGUUGAGGGGAUUCAACCUUCCGAAUCCAUAACAGAGGCAGAGGUUGAUCCUCGCCUCACAAGCAGUAGUACCGUUAAUGCCUUCAUCGUUUUGGGGUUUGGGACUUUUGCUGUCACCAAGUUGCUCACCAUUGACCAUGACUACUGGCAUGGUUGGACCCUUUAUGAGAUUCUAAGGUAUAUACCUGAGCACAACUGGAUUGCCUAUGAGCAAGCUCUGAAAGCAAAUCCGGUUUUAGCUAAAAUGGCAAUAAGUGGGAUUGUCUACUCAAUUGGAGACUGGAUUGCUCAGUGCUAUGAAGGAAAGCCUCUUUUUGAGUUUGAUCUGGCACGGUUACUCAGAUCAGGUCUUGUUGGGUUUACUCUCCAUGGAUCUCUUUCUCAUUAUUAUUAUCAACUUUGUGAGGCUCUUUUUCCUUUCCAAGAAUGGUGGGUUGUCCCUGCUAAAGUUGCUUUCGACCAAACUGUGUGGUCUGCAGUUUGGAACAGCAUCUACUUUGUGGUUUUGGGCUUAUUGCGGUUUGAAUCUUUGACUAACAUAUAUGGUGAACUGAAGUCAACAUUUUUCCCCUUGCUUACUGUGAGUAGCUGUUUGAUUUGUUUCUUUAUGCUGUUUUCAGAUUUUAAUUUUCAGUGUAAAUUACCUGCCUCAGUGUAACGUUGUGGAGAUGUGUCAAGCUAAAAAUUGAGCUUACGUACUUGGACUAUGUCAUACUGUCAGGCUGAAGUUGGUAGAGCAUUAAACUGAUAGUGUUGGGCAUAUAGUAGGUA